CAUUUAUGGCCUUGGCCUUCGGGAUGCCGAAGGUGCUGAAAUAGCAGCAGCUGACACUCCUGCAAUGACAAUAGCGAGCAUGGAGAAAGUUGAAGUGUUCACUUCGGAAGGCAAAGGCCGGGGGCUGAAGACCACCAAGGAGCUUUGGGCCGCCGAUGUGGUGUUUGCCGAGCCGGCUUAUUCUGCCGUGGUCUUUGACAGCUUCACCCAGGUCGUGUGCCACACCUGCUUUAAGAGGCAGGAGAAGCUGCAGCGCUGCGGCCAGUGUAAGUUUGCGCACUAUUGUGACCGGACCUGCCAAAAGGACGCCUGGCUGAACCACAAGAAUGAGUGUGCGGCCAUCAAGAAACACGGGAAGCCGCCCAGUGAGAACAUCAGGCUGGCGGCCAGAAUCAUGUGGCGCAUAGAGAGAGAGGGCACCGGACUCACAGAGGGUUGCUUGGUCUCCGUGGAUGACCUGCAGAAUCACGUGGACAACUUUGGGGAAGAGGAGCAGAAAGACCUUCGAAUGGAUGUGGACAGCUUUUUGAACUUCUGGCCACCCCAGAGCCAACAAUUCAGCAUGCAGUAUAUCUCGCACAUAUUCGGCGUGAUCAACUGCAAUGCUUUCACUCUCAGUGACCAGAGGGGCCUUCAGGCUGUGGGAGUGGGCAUAUUUCCCAACCUCUGCCUGGUGAACCAUGACUGCUGGCCCAACUGUACUGUCAUAUUCAACAAUGGCAAUCAUGAGGCUGUGAAAUCUAUGUUUCACACACAGAUGAGAAUCGAACUUCGGGCCCUCGGGAAGAUCUCAGAAGGGGAGGAAUUGACUGUAUCCUACAUAGAUUUUCUCAAUAUCAGCCAAGAACGGAAGAAGCAGCUGAAGAAACAGUAUUACUUUGAUUGUACAUGUGAACACUGUGAGAAAGGGAUAAAAGAUGACCUUUUCCUGGCAGUGAAAGAGGACCCCAAGCCUUCCCAGGAUGUGGUGAAGGAGGUGACCCAAUUCUCCAAGGACACCUUGGAGAAGAUUGACAAGGCUCGCUCUGAAGGGCUGUACCACGAAGUGGUGAAGUUAUGUCGAGAGUGUUUGCAGAAGCAGGAGCCGGUGCUGGCGGACACCAACAUCCACGUGCUGCGGAUCCUGAGCAUCGCCUCCGAAGUGCUCUCCUACCUGCAGAGCUUCCAGGAGGCCUCAGACUACGCUAAGAGGAUGGUCGACGGUUACAUGAAACUCUACCACCCUAACAAUGCCCAGCUGGGCAUGGCUGUGAUGCGGGCAGGACUGACCCACUGGCAUGCCGGACUCAUCGAGGCUGGGCAUGGGAUGAUUUGCAAAGCCUACGCCAUACUCCUGGUGACUCAUGGACCUACCCAUCCAAUCACUAAGGACCUGGAAGCCAUGCGCAUCCAGUCAGAAAUGGAGCUGCGGAUGUUCCGGCAGAACGAGUUCAUGUACUACAAGAUGCGGGAGGCGACCCUGAGCAACCAGAAGAUGCAGAUCAUGGCCGAGCCCAGCGCGGAGACCGGGGUGCCCACCUUUCUCAAGAAGCCAUAGGACUUGGCUCAAGGGGGACCCGUGGUGCUGAAGGGACGAGGCAGAUGCGUCCCCUCCAAGGGGAUGGGGGAGCAAGGAAUACGAGGGGUUGGGGGCUAGGGAAAACUUCUGGCCAGCACGCUUUGGCACUGUGGUUUGUUAGUACGACGUGGGAUCCUGAGCAAUGCUGGCUUGGCCAUAUUGUGAAUCCUCAUGUUCCAAUGGAAUUGUGAAGAAUGUGAGUGGUUGGGCUGGCGUGCUUGUGCUCCAAGAACUGGAACCUUGUAGAAGGGAGGCUGCACUGAAACUGGGGUGCGGAAGCCUCUUGAGGGAAGGGGCUGUUUAUGUUUUUGUGCUUUGAACACAGUAGGUGCUUAAUGAAUGUUUGUGGAAUGGAUACUUGAAUACUUUUCUACCCACCUUUUCCCAUCAGCUCCAUGGGAGCUCCAUGAGAGAGUGGGGUACAAUGAAUGGAAAGCACUCUGGAGUUCAGAUCUACACUCUGCAACUGCCUGUGUGAUCUUGGACAAAUCACUUCAUGCUGUCGGUCCUCAGUUUCCCUGUCUGUAGUAUUUGCACUGAACUAGAGACUUCUGAGAUCCCUUCUAGCUAGAAAUCUUUGUUCCUAUGAAAUUAGAAGAUUCUUUUCUGGAAAACAAAUCAAUAAGAUAGUUAGGUUCUUAUAAAAUACCAAAAGACUUAUAAAGUACUUUUAAGUGCCCCCCUUUGGAGGACAUGCUGUUGUUACCUUCUUCCUUCUUCCCCUAGAUAAGGGGCUGAGGUCAGAGAACUGAAUGACAAGCUCAGGAGGUCAAAGCAGGUGUUGGAGGCAGGUUAUCCCUGUACCCCAAAUUGCCUUUCUGCCUCUCAUCUACAUCUCAGGGAAAAAUCAGCCAUUCUUUUCUCUUUUUCCACCCACCAGGGCAAAUUUCCCAGAUAUUACACUGAUUACCUCUGCUUCCUUCCUUUCUGUGUAUUCUGGAGGGGAAGACCUGCUCUCCCUUUGAAAACACAGCAUAUUUCCCAGCUGAGCAACUACAGAGGGGAACCAGGAUUUGAUGCGAGUCCUUCAUGAGAAGGAUUCAAUGAGGGGGAGAGGGGAGUAGGUCUCUGAUCUUGAGAGAAGGCAGGUCUACCGGGGACUAGGUGAGUAAAGCCACAUGGCCACUAUUACUCUUGGUGACAUUGGUGUCCCAGUCUUUACUAAUUGCUUUACCCCUGAAUAAUAACCCCAGAGUUUACAGGGCACUUUAAAGCACUCAAAGCAUGUGGUAUAUUUUUUUCUUCCUUGAUCCUCAUAAGUUUGUGAAACAGUGCCUUCUCCCUUGUACCCAUUUUGCAGAAACCGAGUUCAAGGGAGGUUAAUUAAGGAGCCAGGAAGCAGAAUCCAGGUUUUUGGACUUCCAAGUCUAGCAUGCUCCCAUUGCCCCCAGCAGCUCCUCCAAGGCGGGGACUUCUGCCCUUUCUUCGCUUCCCCUUUGGUGUACAUAUGUGUGUGAAUGGUGCAUGUGACAUAUUAGAAAGCCUCACUGCUGGAAGCAAGGAACCAGCCCCCUCAAUAUUCCUGCCUUUGGG